CCAACGAUGACAUUCCAGCACCCCCAAACCAACCAACCAAACAAAGAAAAAAAACGAGAAUCCUCAAACUUCCCCAAAUUGCAUGAUGAGAUCAGGCUUCCCACCCCACGCACGCACGCACGCAUGCAUGCAUGUAUAACGAAUCGAACGAUAGAAAAAUACGCCACUCACUCACGCGCGCGUGUGUGCGCGCGAGUCAUUAACGUAAACGUCUAUAUAUAUAUAUUCAUCCCACUCAUGCCCGCAUUGCAUUGUACAAUCUACAGCCCGAUCGAACCUUCCUUCAUCUCAAUUUCUCUGGUGAGGUUCGGCUGA